CGCCAUUCUCGCAAGCUUGCGCAAAGGCCUUGGAGUUGGGAGCGAGCGCGCGAUAAUAGCUAUGUACACAGUACGAGUACCGAACCUGGUGAUGAUGAGAAUCGACCGAAGAAGGUCAAGAGUUGGAAAUCCUCGCCCUUUGACGAAUAAGGUAAUGAAUCAACCCAAGAAUAAUAAUGAAUCAAUCGCUCGUGGCCUUCGCUGACAGCCAGCUCCGAGUGUGUAGGUGGUGCGCUCCACGCUACUCACGCUCACAGGCAGCACUAAUUACGGAGUAUUUAUCUCCUAAUACAGCCGAUGCUCUCCCAUGCCUGCUUCUGCUCGCGCGCUAUUGUGUAUUCUCCUGUGCAGUUUUGUUGUAUAUAUACGAUCGAGUUUGGCCAACUAUUUUAUUUCUCCAGACUCUCUCUACAUGCGCUUCGGAUGUACAGAGUAACUAUGUAGGUUGUUAUAGAGAGUGCACUGUAUGGUGGGAAUCUGGAGAGCGGCCUUGGACCGAAAGUCGAGCGAUGAUUGGACAGAAGUGGAAGGGUCCGCUCCACCUUGUUCAUCAAAUUCCAACUUCCCAAACCCUUUUCUUCUCUGAGUAAUUUCUUGCCAAUAGACUACCUACUACCUAUAGUUAAUACAAUAGCAAUUACUCCGUACUCCGAACAGUAUGAGUAGUUAGUUGAUAGU